UAUUCAGUGUGUUCAAUUCAGUACCUAUUUAUUUAGUCAAUAAUAUAAUGACAUAACAUUAAUAAUAAGUAUUUAAGGGUUAAAGUUACGAGUUUAAGGGUUAAAGUUAACUUAUAAGUGGGAAAAUGAGUACCAGUGGUACAGGAGCCGUUUUCUUUUUAGGGUCCCGAGCACACUAUCAAGUUCUCGAACAACCAAACAACUACGAUAUAGAAAACGGCAACGCGUCAACAGAGACGAUCUACAACGCGUCAGUUGAGGAGCUAUGGCCGAACAAGCAAACAGACAAACACACGGAUCUGGAUCCCAACUGCAACGGAAGCCUUGGGUGGAGUUUCAACGAUGCGAAUGAUACUGUGAUAUACGAGCGAACGCUGCCAGUCUGUGUGAAGCGACGCGGGAAGAGGAGGUCUUCCGAAGCGCUUCUGUGCGACGAAGCGAAGCCUGCUGCGCUGAAUAAAGGAGAAGAGAAAAGUGAACAAAAGUCAAAACCGUCCCACCGUCAAUCCGUCCUAUCGUUCCUGGCGUCUCUCGCUCGACGCAAGCGACGCCUGGAGUCCACGCAAGUGUAUCUCCAACACCUGGACUCAGUCCUCAACACCUGCACCUACAGGGAAUCCUGCAGGUGUCUAGACUGCCAGGGCCGCUACUUCGAAUGCGCCGAAGAAAGUGAUGAAUACAGCUCGGAUGAAGACUUCACUUCUUACAACCAAGAAGUUGACAAUCACGGUUGUGAUGAUGAUGAUGAGGUAUUUAUAGAUCCAAAAUCGGACAACGACAAUACUUCGACGGACUUACUGCUAGAAAAUCCUUCGCCUAAAGAAGAACGCUCGGUUUCGGAGGUAUUGGAUGACGGAGAGACAGACAAACAGCUGCAGAUGGAGGUUGCUGCUAGCACGUCCGCCAUGUUUAAUUUGCUAUUGUAUCACCCUUUCUCUUGUUCUAUACAGUAAAUA